AUGGCGGACGUGAAGCUCAUCGGUUCACCGCUAAGUCCCUACGUGCUGCGAGUGAUGAUUGCUCUGAGCCUGAAGAAGGUGGAGUACGAGUUUCUGCAAGAGAAGUUCGGCGAGAAGAGCGAGUUGCUCCUCAAGUCGAAUCCCGUUUACAAGAAGAUCCCCGUCUUCAUCCACCACGACCGCCCCAUCUGCGAGUCGGCCGUCAUCGUGGAGUACAUCGACGAGGUCUGGCCAGAGUCCGGCUGCGGCGCCAUCCUCCCGGCUGACGCCUACCACCGCGCUCUCCACCGCUUCUGGACCUUCUACGUCGAUGACAAGUUGUUCCCGUCGUUGGUCGCCAUAGGACGGGCUGCGACAGCGGAAGGCAAGGCGGAGGCGGUGGAGCGGGUCCGCGCAGGGCAUCUGCUUCUGGAGGAGGCCUUCGUGGAGCUGAGCGAAGGGAAAGCCUUUUUUGGCGGCGAUCGCCUCGCGUAUCUCGACGUCAUGUUCGGGUGUUUUGUGAAUUGGAUCAAGGAGGUGGAGGAGUUUCUGAGCGUGGAGCUGCUGGAUGAGGCGACGACGCCGGCACUGCACGGGUGGGCGGAGAGGUUCCGCGAGCACGAGGCCGUGAAGGAGGUGAUGCCGGACAGAGGGACGGUGCUCGAGUUCUUUAAGUUUCUUCAUGCAAUGUGGGCGAAGGAAGCUGCUGACUUAAUGGCGGACGUGAAGCUCAUCGGCACACCGCUAUGUCCCUACGUGCGACGAGCGAUAAUUGCUCUGAGCCUGAAGAAGGUGGAGUACGAGUUUCUGCAAGAGAAGUUCGGCGAGAAGAGCGAGCUGCUCCUCAAGUCGAAUCCCAUCUACAAGAAGAUCCCCGUCCUCAUCCACAACGACCGCCCCAUCUGCGAGUCGGCUAUCAUCGUGGAGUACAUCGACGAGGUCUGGCCAGAGUCCGGCUGCGGCGCCAUCCUUCCGGCUGACGCCUACCACCGCGCUCUCCACCGCUUCUGGAGCUUCUAUGUCGAUGACAAGUGGUUCCCGUCAUUGUUCGCCGUAGGAAAGGCUGAAACAGAGGAAGCCAAGGCGGAGGCGGUGGAGCAGGUCCGCGCAGGGCUUCUGCUUCUGGAGGAGGCCUUCGUGAAGCUGAGCCAAGGGAAAGCCUUCUUCGGCGGCGAUCGCGUCGCGUAUCUGGACAUCAUGUUCGGGAGCUUUACGAAUUGGAUCGAGGCGGUGGAGGAGUUGGUGAGCGUGGAGCUGCUGGAUGAGGCGACGACGCCGGCACUGCACGGGUGGGCGGUGAGGUUCCGCGAGCACGAGGCGGUGAAGGAGUCGAUGCCGGAUAGCGGGAAGGUGCUCGAGUUCUUGAAGAUUCUUCAGGCAAAGUGGAAGAAGGACGCUGCCGCCGCAAGGAAUUAAAUAACACUUAGGAAUAUAAACAGAAUGUGAUCUCGGUGACAAUGAAUAAGGCAAUCCAUGCCCUUUUAAUUUGCUUUGAUUAAUAUUGUCUGUUUGAAUUUUCUGUAUUGAAAAACAAUUUAAUAUUUC